AUGAUGCAAAUCAGCUUGAGCUGCCCAGCUGCCAAAGCAACGGGGUGGAAUGAAGCUGGAAUAAAGAAGGUUGAAGAUGUUGAUCCAUCCAUACGGGCCACAUGCGACCUUCAGCCAUCGGGAAUACCCCUUUCCCGAAAACCUAAUUCAUGCGGAUAUCGGAUAUCAAUCAAAUAA